GCUUGAGGUAUGUAUGGCAUUUCAUUCCUCGUUAAUUGUUGACUAAGAAAUAAAUCUAUAUACAUAAUGGUAGAGGCGAAGAAGAAAAAAUAUGCAUUAAAAAGUAAUGCCUCUGUGAGUUCGGUCUUGCGUUAUCUCUUGCCCUUCAGAGAUAUGUGCGGGAGAUCGUGGGUAUAUGAUGGCGGCAUCCAUAAUAGACUUGCUUUCAACGGUAUCGAUGGUGUGGUAGCCGGGCCAGUGAUCAUGAGGAUAGUGUAAUCACGGAAAUGGCGAAAGACCUGAUCAGAUAGAUAAUUGUUAGUCGACUAUUCAGUAGCCAGCA